AUGCACGCUGCCCGCUGGCUGGGGCUGGCGCUGCUCUGCCUCUGCCGCCCCGCCGAGCCCUGGUACCGGCCGGCGGCCGGGCCCCACCACUACUCGGUGGGCAGAGCCUCGGGGCUGCUCUCUGGGCUCCGCCGCUCCGACACGAGCGGCACCGCCAAGCCCGGCCCCGGUGCGCUGAUGCCCGGCUCGGCCCGCCCGCCCGCACGGCUCCACGCCGCGGUGCUGUGCGUGACGGAUGUGGCCCCCGAGCCACGGAGCUGCCGGUUGCUGCCUGGAGCUGCCGGCGCUCUCCAGUGCAAGGCGGACGUGACCGUGUCCUUGGACCCCGUGGCGUGUGCGGAUGCCUGA